CGAAUCACUCAAUCAUCAAGAACAUGAUAACUGAGGUUAAUUUUGAUUCGGGAAAACCGUAAAACCUCGUAGCAUCAUAAGUUCAUAAUAACAUAAAGUCACUAAGAAGGAGUGGGUUACGUUAAACCGUCCAAGUUUCUUGUUACUUCCCCGUGGCUCUGUUUUGUAGUUCGACUCAGUGUGAAGCUUUCAUUAACGUCAACGAUUCUGAUAAAUAAAAAAUGUCGAAUCGCUACGGUCAGGGUAGGCAAGACUAUAACAACAACAAGGGUUUCAUUAAAACACAGAAGAAAUUUGUCCCUAAAAAUUCAACUCCAACCCUAUCAACUUCCCUAAGAGAAAAACAACAAUCUGAUUCUGGUAGUAGCAAUAGCAAUUGGUCGGGUAGGGUUCAAUCGGGGGGUGUGAAUGGCAAUUUCGUGAAAUAUUUGCCGCAAGAUGAAGCAGUGGCUGCUGGUCUUGGCGCAGAAGAUGGUGGAUUGGAUCCCAUUGAAUCUCAAAGAGUUGUUGAUCUUCUCAAUUCACACUUGUCUUGUUUGCUCAAGUUGAAACCCAAGGAUUUCUGGUCACAAGUGGUUAGUGAUACCUCCUUGCAUGAGUUUCUAGACAGCUUUCUGCAAUUUAGGAGCAGAUGGUAUGAUUUCCCUCAUCGCGGGGCUAGAGGGAUUGUUGCUGGUGUUAUUGUUGGAGAGUUUGAUUUGAGCCGCCGUGUUUUCAUGGUGUUGUAUCGCAUUUCUUCCAAUAAAGAUCCUGGUGCUCGACCUGCAGAUACACUCAGUUUGAGAGAUCAUGAAGUUCUUUUGCAGGAGAAAAAGUUGCUUGAUUUGCCAAAGUUGUUUGAUAUAUGUGCCAUAUACAAUCAUACAAAUGAAGAACUGACAAGAUUGCUGGUUAGAAAUGCUUUGAAUGCUCAGCCUUGGAUACAUGAUAAUCUGACUGCAGUAAUAUUGCAUUUUAUGGGCAUUGUAAGCACAAUGCACGAACGUUGCAGUUCAUCAUUGGAGGUCUUAUUUGCUUCUGGAACUCCUGAUUACCAAAAUGCUACUUUUCUUCAAACUGAUCUGCUAGAGGUGAUGGACUUUAUAAACGAUGCAAUUGUAUCAAUGGAUGCUUUUGUUAGUGCAUACGAACCAGCAGCUCUAUUCUUCUCUUGCCCAGUUGAGAUGAGUUAUGGGAAUGAGGAACUGCUGAGCUUCCUGGCCAGAUUGCACGAUUCGCUAAUUCCGUCCUUGCAAAAGGGAUUCCAUGUCAUUUUUGCUGACAAACAAGAUGACACGGUCUCUAAUAUCGUGGUUAGUUUGAAGAUGUUAAGAAUGAGAUUGGUGAAGUUUGGAUGGCGAUUAUUGCACUCUUGCUAUUUAAGUGAUGACGUGUUCAAAGAUAGCAUCACUCUUCCACCUUCUGUGAAGAUGUUUCCUGCCAAUGUGGAGGAACCAGUCAUCAGAGCAGAUAUUCUGGUUCAAACAUUUAGAGAGGUCAAUUCCGUAUCAUUAAGUUUCCAGGAAAUCCAUCAGAAGGAAACAUUUCUUCAAGGUGUUGAAAGGAAUUUCAAUAUAUUAAGCAGGAUUGAGGGGUUAAAGCAUAAUGGGUGGAUAUUCGUUGACGACGAACAGCUUCAAUAUUUAUCUGGGAUUUUGAGUUCUUCAAAGGAGAUUAAUAAGGAGCCAUAUUCUGCAAAGGUCCCUGUUCCCAACCAAGCCAUUCAGACAAAUGAAGAUGCUGUAGUUAUAGAGUCAAAAAUUAGUCAAAUUAGGGACCUAUUCCCGGAUUAUGGUAAAGGGUUUUUAGCUGCCUGUCUUGAGGUCUAUGACCAAAAUCCUGAAGAGGUUAUUCAAAGAAUUUUAGAGGGAACCCUUCAUAAAGAUUUGAUGUGCUUGGAUACUUCUUUAGAGACCGUGCCACGGUCACAAGCCAAGUCCACCGCUGUUACCAGGAACGAUAAAGGAAAAGGUAUACUGAUUGAUUCUACGCCGUUGUCCUCAAAUACCAAAGCUUUUAGUGGGAAGCAACAGAUAGAAGGGCCAUUGAUGCCAUCCUCUUCCCCAAUUGGAAAAUUUGUGAGGAAAUCUAGAGCUGAUUUUCCAGAUCCAAAUACUUUAGAUAAAAAGGAUGAGAUAGAUACAUCAAGAACUGCUAUGCUUUUAUCACAAUAUGAAUAUGAUGAUGAGUAUGAUGACUCUUUUGAUGACUUGGGUCUAAGUGUAGCAGACUCUGGAGUUGAAGAAAAUGAAAUUCUUGGCGAUGAAAUGAAUGAAAAAUCAGGGAAAUCAAGGGCAAUAGGGACUGGAAACUCUGUCCAAAAUACCUCUAAUGCAAAAUGGGGUUCCAAGAAAAAGCCACAAUACUAUGUCAAGGAUGGUAAGAAUUAUAGCUACAAAGUGGCAGGUGCAGUGGCUGUUGCAAAUUCUGAUGAAGCUUCUUUAGUUAAUGAAGCUCAAAAAGAAUUGAUACAUGGUCUUGGACGAGGUGGAAACCUUCCUCUCGGUGCAGUACAGAAGUUGGAAAAUUCGUACAAGGGGGGUGAUAAUCGAUUCCAUGUUUCUGAAACAGGAGGCAGAGGGAGUAGUAGUGGCAGGUGGAAGAGUGAAGGGGGCAAACAAUUUGAAUCUAAUCAACAGCAGGAAAAACAAUCUGGUGUUUCUGAAGUGGAAGGUGGUGAUCAUGCUUCAAAUAACAGGGGGAGAGGUAGAGGGAGAGGGAGGGGAGGAGGUAGAAACAACCAUUACAGGAAGGACCAAGCCAUGAAGAAGCAUUUCUCUGGAUUGAGUGGUUUUUAAUAGGCUCAUCAACAUACAUUUCUUACUGGCCAAGAUGCCACAAUUCUGGCUACUGUCAAAGUCUACAUGUGAAAACUAAUUUUCUGUUUGAGAUGUAUAGACAUGUUGCAUUGCCCCUCCUCCGCUGGCAUCUUGGAAGCAUGGCUCAUACAUCUGACUGAUUAAAGUCUACUAUGGAUGCAGUCGAGACUUUCAUGUGUUCUGUUUUGGUUUUUCUUCUCUCUUCUAGUCCUCAUUUUCAUUGAUUGGGACUUGGAAGAACUAGAGCGUUACAUCGUGAGGUUUAUUGAAUUCACGAUCAGCUAUCGCGAUACCAACAUUAUCUAAUAUGCAACAAAAUAGUAUAAUGUUUGUAAAGAUUACUUCAUACUGGAAUCCCGUUUUGGUUAGGAGGAUUUGAAUGUAUUUUAUUUAGCCUACAUUUCCUUUUAACUGGGGCAUUUGAAUAACUUAGUUACAUUAGUAGUAAUUUUGUAGCAGUGUUCACUGAUAGCAGUGCUAGCAAGAGAAGGCCAAAGGGGUGGCCGAGUGUGGCGCAUCUCAGUCUUCAAUGUCAACUGUCAAGAGAAAGAGUCUAAGUUACAGGGUUUUAUACUAUGAACUUAAAUUAUUUUUUUAGCAUAUAAAAAUAAAAAGAGGUUGGUCCGACUCAACUGUGUUCCAUCCUAGUGAAUCAAAUUGGACAGAGUUGACUGAUGGCUGGAACUCAUUUUGAAUGCUUUGUUUACUCA